GCCUCCUGGCUUGUCAGGGAGGAGGGGUUGGGGGACUAUUGGGGGCUGUGCCUUUUUUGGACUCAGCAGGGAUUAUUUUUAGGCUGGCAGAUGGAGGUGGCGGUGGCUGUCGCUGGUAUUAUUAGACAACAGGCCUGUGGUUUGGAAGUCUGGUGCCCGGAGGAGGAGGAGGCUGCAAUAAGGACUUGUACUAAUGAGCCACGGAUGCUGGUGCUCACUCCCUUCCCCGCUUCCCCAGCCACCAGCCAGACCCAGCUAGGGGUCUCAGAGCCUCAGGCAGAAGGCCAGGCUCCUCAGAGCUGGUCAGAGCCCACCCGGCCGCCUUCUGAGACAGGCCCACCCUAUGGUCCUAGGCUUCAGAGUCUGGACUGGCAAAACCUGUCCCAAGUGUGGGGUGGGAGUUGCCGACCGCUGGCUCAGGUGCUAAGAAAGGGAAAAGUGAGGGACAGUGGGUGAAAGGCCUUGAUCCUGGGGCCUGGGUUGGGCCAGGAUGACCUCUGCCCCACCUGCUUUCUGAGAAGGACAGGGACACCACCCGUGCACCAGGCACAGCUGGAACCGAGUAACUUUGGGUGAGCGGCGCAACUCCCUGUUUGCUCAUUUUUCAAUGGGAGACAGCGGUACGUGUGUCAGGAGGCCAUUGUGGGCAGGGACUGAGAUUCCCUGUGUUCCCAGCACAGAGCCUAUUGUGCAGCAGGCAUUCACAGCAUGCAAGGCUUGCGUGCCAGCUGAUGCUCGCCCGGCCCUGCUCCUCGCACCUUGCCCUGCACACCUCCCUCUGUAUUUAGAGCAGUCCUGCUUUCAGGUACCCUCCUCCCCCAGCCCUUCUCUGGCGGAGGAGCUCCAGGUUGUGAGUGCUAGACAUGGGCUGUGCCAGGCCCUGGACGCCUCAUGGUUCUGCACAGGGGUCCAAUGGCAGCCCUGGACUCAGCCACCCACUGGGUACCACCUGGCCCAGAGAGCGGGAGAUUUGUACCCUGUGGGCUUCCCAAAAGGUCAGCCAGACCUCUGGGGGCUACCUUAUCUUUCCUUGCCCUCCUACUUUCUCUUCCCCACCGUAACUGCUCCAAAGGGAGCUGGGCACACCCCCAAGAUACAGAUUUACUAGGUUCUGGGCACCGCUAUUUGUGGCCUUCUCUAAACAGAGUGAGACCUAUGGCACCACGUGGGUGCCUUUCACUGUGCCCACUCCUGACAAUGCCAGUUUUCCCCCUUUGAGGGAGGAGCCUGGCCCCUCUGGGCUGCUGUGAUGGGAGAGGGGCUCAGCACACUCCACCCUCCCCUUCCUCUUCCUCCUGUUCCUCCCCUUCCUCCCCACUCCCUUCAGGAGCCAGCCCCUCCCCCUUCCAGUCUCCGAUCUGCCCCCACCCAGGCUCUGGGGUGUUCUGACCGUCUGUGUCUGUGUCCAGCUGGCCUGAACUGACCCUCCCAGGGCUGGGCUCCGCACCUGACCCCUCCUCCGCUCUCCUCUUUGCUCUCCGCUUUGCACCUCUUUUGCUCCUGGAUGUGGGUUUGGUUUCCCCCUGUAUUUGGGUUUCUCUAUCUAUCCUCCAUCUUCCCUCUUUACUGCCAGGCUGAUUACUUUUUUUCACAUUGAGCUUUUCUGGAGAGAGUGUGUUAUUAGACAUACUUUGGCUCAGAAACGAUCAGGCUUAGGGAGAAGUGCUUGUGGGUGAUGGAGUGAGAGAACAUGCCGUGUGUGUGUGUGCGCAUGUGUGUGUGUGCGCGCAUGUGUGUGUGAAGGAGAUGACAGAAAACCAAUACAUAUUCUAGGAUCCAGAAAAGCAAGAGGGCUUGGAGCGAGGGUGGAGGCCAGGACAUGGGCGCCCACACCACGGCUUUAUUCUAGGGAAGCUCCCUGUCAUUUUGUCUUGCUUAUCCUCUUUGGGAUGUGUCCUCUCUGCGGCCGCCUCUCCCUGGUUGAAAGGGUCUUUGGGAAGAGAUGCUGGGAGGGGACUGCCAGCCUUGGAGGUAGGCCUUGGAUUGGGUGCUCAGCACUUAACCCAGGGGCUGGCUGGGGCUGGGGUGGAAUCCCAGCGCUGGGGAAGGUUUGAAGAGCCUGCCUCAUUGCUGUGCAGUGAAAAUGAGGCCGGCUCUGUGCAAAUGAGCAGCCUUACAGCGGGAACCCACGUCAAAGCCAAGCCACCUCCUGGCGUUGUCUCCUAGAGCCCUCCACCUGGAAGCCAGCUCACCAGAGCAAAACUUCACUGUUGGAGGUGACUGCUGUCCCCCUAGGCCUCUGUUCCUCCUGUCGGCCCUAGGGCCAAAGCCCUGGGAAGGAACCACCUUCUGUUGCCCUCUCUGCCCUCCUCCAGGUAACCUGGCACCUGGGAAUAACUCCCUCCUCUUCCCAUAGGCUCCUGUAGUUUCUUAUCUCCUCACAGGUCUGUGCUGUAGACACACACACACACACACACACACACACACACACACACCUUCUCUGCAAGCUCAUGGCGCCCAUUAUUCACCCAUUCCUCUUGGUCCAGCAUCUGCCUUUGUGGUCCUGGCUGCUGGGAGGCAGGCUCUCCUGCUGAGGGCCCCUGAGGGCCCCUGUGGGGGAGGCGAGGCUGCAGCUGGGCACUCUCCCUGCUUUCCCUGAGGUGCUGGGAUGCAAACUUAGCCUGAAGCAAGGUUGGGGGUGGCGGAAUUGGGAAACCUGCUGGGGCCUCAGGCAGGUGAGUGCAAUGCUCUGCUCUGCUCCAAAAAUACUCUGUGAUCUUAGCUCUUUCUCUAGAAAACAGUGAUGUCACUGGGAGCCAAUCAGCUUCUGGAAGGGCUUGCCUCCUCCCCCUUCCGCAACUUGCAGGGGAGGGGGAGGGGGAGGGGGAGAACAAGACACACAGAGAUGACAUACAGACAGACACGGAGAGCCACAGACACAGAAGUACACACAUGCAGAGACGGAGCCCUUGCAUACAGAGAAGCAGGCAGAACGCCUCCCCUUGCAUGAGCCAACCGAAACAGACACACACACACACACACACACACACACACACACACACACACGCUGGUAGACAGAAACAGGGAGAGAGAUAGGCAGGUAGACACAGUCACCCACACAGAGCAAGAGCUAGAGAGAAAGAGACAGAGGGAGACACAGAAAGACAUGGAGAAGGAGCAGGAGCCAGAGAGAGAUGGACAGAUAGACACAUAGGCAGAGAUGGAGCCAGCAAGACAGAUAGGCAGACAGACAGACACACAGAGGAGCCAGCAAGGCAGACAGACAGAGAUCCAGAGAAGGAGCCAGAGAGAGACAGACACACAGAGGAGCCAGUAAGACAGACAAACAGAGAUCCAGAGAUGCGAGUGAGAGAGAGAGAGAGAGAGAGAGAGAGAAAACAGAGGAGCCCGGCAUGUGUGUGUGCGUGCACAGACACAGAGAGGUGGCCAGACACAGACAUGAAGGGAUAAGAGACAGCGAGGUGCACACAGGGGUCCGAGAUGCAGAGAGAGUUAGACCGAGGCACCGGAAUGGGGAAUGGCAGGGGCUGGUGCUGCCCUCCUCUGGGCACCCUCCCCUGCAGGAGUCCCCAGCUGGCUCUGUCUUUAAGCUGCCGCUUCGGUACUGCAGCUGCUGUCCUAGGUGCUGCCCUGGAGAGUCAGGCGCCCGGCCUGGGACCAGAAGGGUCUGGGGCUGGGGAAAGCUGUGGUCAAUUGGCAGUAGGGGGUAGUACCAGGGAAUGAAGGGGGUGAGGCUUCCCCUCAGCCAUCCUUUUCCCUGGGACGUUACUGGACAAGGUGACCUUGUGGCUUCCCUGGCCCUGCCUGGCAGUGGAGCCUGGCGUGGGAGGAGGGCUGCAUGCCUUCUUUGGGCCCAGGACUGGUGCUGCGGCGCUUGUGGUGCGUGGCUCUUCCUCUCUGCAGCGUCCUCUAGCUUGCGGUGGGAUGGAGGCAGGGGUGGUCCUCCCGCCUGCUGCCUUGCUCACCCUCUCUGCUGCCAGCCAGGGUGGGUGUCCCUUAUCCCACCGUCUGAUUUCGUUUUCCUCUGCCCAACGUGGGGACAGCCCUAGGAUCUCCCUCCUCCGUCGCCAGCAUCCUGCUCUCCUAAUGGUGAUGUCUGGGGCUUGGGCCCCUCCCACUCCCCCCUCUGCGGCAGGGCUGGCAGAACUGUGCUGGGAGGAGGGGCUGGAGAGACCGGCUCAGCCUGCGGGGUUUCCCUCUGGUGUUGCCACGAGCACUCGGCUGAGCUUGUUAGGGAUUUCCCUGCUCCUGCAUGGAGUACCCUUGUUUUGUGCCGUGCACAUCGGGCUGAGCUGGGGGUGGGGUGGAGGAGGAAGGCUGGCUCUGUCAUUCCCACCAGGCUGUAGUGGCAGGCGUCCUGGUGCAGAAAGAAUGUGCCCUGUGCACGGGCGGCCACAACUGGGCAGUGCUGUGGGCCUCCAGAGGGGUCCGGGCCCCUCACCUCCAUGUCCUGGACUCCUUGUAAUUCUUGGGGCGGGAUGCCAGCAGGGGGUGGGGCCGGAUGACGCCUGCGGCUCUUUGAGACUGGGGAGGGAAGAGCUGGCGUGUAGGGCUGAAGAGAAUGGCUUCCCUCUCCUUUCCUCUCCCUUCCUUUCCCCCAAGUUGUGGAUGCUUGGGGGCCCCAGGACAGAGGGAGGUAUGAGCAGCGAGGGGGAGAGGGAUGGAGGGUGCGCGUGGGACCCUCCUGGGAGGGCACGGUGGCCCAUGGAGGGCAGCUGGUGGGGGGCGGGGCGACCCUGUGACACAGGCAUGGGGCUGCUGGGGCAGGAUCUCUUUGUCACCUCCUUUCUGUGUCCAACCUGGCUGUCCCCAUCAGGCGCCCACGGCCUGCGAGAGGAGCCCGAGUUUGUGACAGCAAGAGCUGGGGAGAGCGUGGUCCUACGAUGCGACGUGAUCCACCCAGUGACGGGACAGCCCCCACCCUAUGUCGUAGAGUGGUUCAAGUUCGGGGUCCCCAUCCCUAUCUUCAUCAAGUUUGGCUACUACCCCCCACACGUGGACCCUGAGUAUGCAGGCCGGGCCAGUCUUCAUGAUAAGGCAUCUCUGCGGCUGGAACAAGUUCGCUCUGAGGACCAGGGCUGGUACGAGUGCAAAGUGCUCAUGCUGGACCAGCAGUAUGACACCUUCCACAAUGGCAGCUGGGUCCACCUCACCAUCAUCGCCCCUCCCACCUUUACAGAAACACCUCCCCAGUACAUCGAGGCCAAGGAGGGCAGUAGUAUCACCAUGACCUGCACAGCUUUUGGGAACCCCAAGCCCAUUGUCACCUGGCUCAAGGAGGGGACGCUUCUCGGUGCUAGUGGGAAAUACCAGGUGAGUGACGGCAGCCUGACAGUGACAUCGGUCAGUCGGGAGGACAGAGGUGCCUACACCUGUCGAGCGUACAGCAUUCAGGGGGAGGCUGUCCACACGACCCACCUGCUUGUCCAAGGGCCCCCUUUCAUCGUCUCCCCUCCUGAGAACAUCACCGUCAACAUCUCCCAGGAUGCUCUGCUCACCUGCCGGGCAGAGGCGUAUCCGGGCAACCUCACCUACACCUGGUACUGGCAGGACGAGAACGUCUACUUUCAGAAUGACCUGAAGCUGAGGGUGCGCAUCCUAAUCGAUGGGACCCUGAUCAUCUUCCGAGUGAAGCCGGAGGACUCGGGGAAGUACACCUGUGUGCCCAGCAACAGCCUGGGGCGCUCCCCCUCCGCCUCGGCGUACCUAACAGUGCAGUACCCAGCCCGUGUCCUCAACAUGCCCCCUGUAAUUUACGUGCCCGUGGGGAUCCAUGGCUACAUCCGCUGCCCUGUGGACGCAGAACCACCAGCCACCAUGGUCAAGUGGAACAAGGACGGCCGCCCCCUGCAGGUCGAGAAGAACCUGGGUUGGACCCUGAUGGAGGAUGGCUCCAUUCGAAUUGAGGAGGCCACAGAGGAGGCUCUUGGCACUUACACCUGUGUGCCUUACAACACCCUGGGGACCAUGGGCCAGUCUGCCCCUGCGAGGCUUGUCCUGAAGGACCCCCCCUAUUUCACGGUGCUACCAGGCUGGGAGUAUAGGCAGGAGGCCGGCCGGGAGCUGCUUAUCCCCUGUGCGGCCGCGGGGGACCCCUUUCCUGUCAUCACGUGGAGAAAGGUAGGGAAGCCCAGUAGAAGCAAGCACAGUGUCCUGCCCACUGGGAGCCUGCAGUUCCGUGCCCUGAGUAAGGAGGACCACGGGGAGUGGGAAUGUGUCGCCACCAACGUGGUCACGAGCAUCACUGCCAGCACCCACCUCACCGUCAUCGGCACCAGCCCCCAUGCCCCGGGCAGUGUCCGGGUCCAGGUCUCCAUGACAACUGCCAACGUGUCCUGGGAACCAGGCUAUGAUGGAGGCUACGAGCAGACAUUCUCAGUUUGGUACGGACCUCUGAUGAAGCGGGCACAGUUUGGGCCCCAUGACUGGCUGUCCUUGCCAGUGCCGCCAGGACCCAGCUGGCUGCUGGUGGACACCCUGGAGCCUGAGACAGCGUACCAGUUCAGCGUCCUGGCCCAGAACAAGCUGGGAACCAGCGCCUUCAGUGAGGUGGUCACUGUGAACACUUUAGCAUUCCCUAUUACAACUCCAGAACCCCUGGUGCUGGUCACCCCACCGAGGUGCCUCAUAGCCAAUCGGACUCAGCAGGGUGUGCUCCUGUCCUGGCUUCCGCCUGCCAACCACAGCUUUCCAAUCGACCGCUACAUCAUGGAGUUCCGCGUCGCGGAGCGCUGGGAGAUGCUCGACGAUGGCAUCCCCGGCACCGAUUUAGAGUUCCUUGCCAAGGGUCUGUCACAGGACACGUGGUACGAGUUCCGGGUUCUGGCCGUCAUGCAGGAUCUGAUCAGCGAGCCCAGCAACAUCGCCGGCGUCUCCAGCACAGAGAUCUUCCCGCAGCCGGACCUGACCGAGGACGGGCUGGCGCGGCCUGUGCUGGCGGGAAUCGUAGCUACCAUCUGCUUCUUGGCAGCUGCCAUCCUGUUCAGCACCCUGGCUGCCUGCUUUGUCAACAAGCAGCGCAAGCGUAAGCUCAAGCGCAAAAAAGACCCUCCACUCUCCAUCACCCACUGCAGGAAGAGCCUGGAGUCUCCCUUGUCCUCUGGCAAGGUGAGCCCCGAGAGCAUCCGCACGCUCCGGGCACCGUCAGAAUCCUCAGACGACCAGGGCCAGCCCGCGGCCAAGAGGAUGCUGAGCCCUACCCGCGAGAAGGAGCUGUCGCUGUACAAGAAGACCAAGCGGGCCAUCAGCAGCAAGAAGUACAGCGUGGCCAAGGCGGAGGCCGAGGCGGAGGCCACCACGCCCAUCGAGCUCAUCAGCAGAGGCCCCGACGGCCGCUUCGUGAUGGACCCUGCCGAGAUGGAGCCCUCGCUGAAGAGCAGGCGCAUCGAGGGCUUCCCCUUCGCCGAGGAGACGGACAUGUACCCCGAGUUCCGCCAGUCGGACGAGGAGAACGAGGAUCCACUGGUGCCCACAUCUGUGGCCGCCCUGAAGUCCCAGCUCACCCCUCUGUCAUCCAGCCAGGAGUCCUACCUGCCACCACCAGCAUACAGCCCUCGGUUCCAGCCCCGCGGGCUGGAGGGCCCCGGUGGCCUGGAAGGUCGGCUUCAGGCCACAGGCCAGGCCCGGCCCCCUGCCCCCCGGCCCUUCCACCAUGGCCAGUAUUAUGGGUACCUCAGCAGCAGCAGCCCUGGGGAGGUGGAGCCGCCCCCGUUCUACGUGCCAGAAGUGGGCAGCCCCCUGAGCUCCGUCAUGUCAUCCCCGCCCCUGCCCACCGAGGGGCCCUUUGGCCACCCCCCCAUCCCCGAGGAGAAUGGAGAGAAUGCCUCCAACAGCACGCUGCCCUUGACUCAGACACCUACAGGAGGGCGCUCCCCUGAGCCCUGGGGCCGGCCAGAAUUCCCCUUCGGGGGGCUGGAGACUCCAGCAAUGAUGUUCCCCCACCAGCUGCCACCCUGUGAUGUGCCCGAGAGUCUGCAGCCCAAGGCCGGCCUCCCCCGAGGACUGCCCCCCACCUCCCUGCAGGUGCCCGCGGCCUACCCGGGCAUCCUGUCUCUGGAGGCACCGAAGGGUUGGGCAGGCAAGUCGCCCGGCAGGGGCCCUGCCCCAGCGCCCCCCGCCGCCAAGUGGCAGGACAGACCUAUGCAACCUCUGGUAAGCCAAGGGCAGCUGCGACAUACAAGCCAAGGCAUGGGCAUACCUGUGCUGCCUUACCCCGAGCCGGCUGAGCCGGGGGCGCACGGCGGCCCCAGCACAUUUGGCCUGGACACCCGGUGGUAUGAGCCCCAGCCCCGGCCCCGGCCUAGCCCCCGGCAGGCCAGGCGCGCCGAGCCCAGUUUACAUCAAGUGGUGCUACAGCCUUCCCGGCUCUCACCUCUGACCCAAAGCCCCCUCAGCUCCCGCACUGGCUCCCCUGAGCUCGCCGCCCGUGCCCGGCCUCGCCCGGGCCUCCUGCAGCAGGCGGAGAUGUCAGAGAUCACCCUGCAGCCGCCGGCCGCCGUCAGCUUCUCUCGAAAGUCUACGCCGUCCACAGGCUCCCCCUCCCAGAGCAGCCGCAGUGGGAGUCCCAGCUACCGGCCCGCCAUGGGCUUCACCACACUGGCCACAGGCUACCCUUCCCCUCCACCCGGCCCCGCCCCUGCUGGGCCUGGGGACAGCUUGGACGUGUUUGGACAGACGCCCUCCCCUCGAAGGACGGGGGAGGAAUUGCUCCGACCAGAGCCCCCACCACCCACGUUACCUACUUCAGGGAAGCUGCAGAGAGACAGACAAGCUCCCGCGACCAGCCCGCCUGGGAGAGCACUCUCUAAACUAGCAGCUGGUAUUCCAGCUAUCUGGGCAGUGUUGUCGAGACAAGCCUCUCCUCAGCUCAAUAGGUGAUUAGAAGAGAAGGAAAAUGCCCAUCAAGCCACUGCUUCAGCCUGUUGGCCAGGGAACACCUGAACAGGGUCAUAAUGGUCAGCUCCUGGGCGCGCUGAGCUAAGGAAAUAUGCAGCGGGUUUUGACUUUCCCUGUCCUGAGGCCUCCACUUUGACCUGGCUGCAUCUUUUCCCAGCGCUUCUGGAUAAGCUGAGAGCUAAGCAAAUAAGACCUCCUGGGCUACCUGGUCAUGAUUUGGGUUUUGUAUGGAUUUUUUGAAAAGAGAGAAAUAGUGUUGGCUGGGUGCGGUGGCCCAUGCCUGUUAUUCUAGCACUUUGGGAAGCCAAGGAGGGCAGCUUGGGCAACAUAGUGAAGCCCUGUCUGUACAAAAAAAUACAAAAAAUAGCUGGGCAUGGUGGCACAUGCCUAUAGUCCCAGCUCCUUGCGGGGCUGAGGUGGGAAGAUCAUCUGAGCUGGGGAGGUCGAGGCAGCAGUGAGCCGAGAUUGCGGCACUUCACUCCAGCCUGGGCGACAGAGGCCCUGUCUCAAAAAAAAAAAAAAAAAAGAGAGAGAGAGAAGUAAGUUCCAGGCAAUUGUUGGUAGUUCUGUACUGCAAAAAACACCUCUGUGCGAAGGCUUUGAGGCCCUCAUCUUACAGCAACCCCCUGACUUCCUGGAAGAAGGGAGCCCCAGGGUUCGUAGCAUUCCUGCAUGCUUUAGAACAGUAUAGGCUGGUUGGGAAGAGAGCUGUGACCUUAAAUUCUUGGAGAGCCCAGGACUGGCUUCUGGUGUAAUGGCAUCAUCUAUGGAUCAAACUUAGAUUUACCUGACAGCUGAAUUCCGGGGAUAGGAUGGAGUGUUUCACUGAAGCUUCCCAUGAGACAUUGGUACCAAGAGCUCCAUGACCGAAGGGCCCCAGGUGGGGCGGGCGUUGGCAACAAACGUGGUCACCUUCCUAAAACAGGGAGGCAAUUCGAUUGCACAGGGCUUUCCAUGCUGUUGGUAAAGUCUGUUAGGUCACAUUCUAUGCGUCUUUUCUGUACCAUGUGCCAAAAAUAGACUCAUUUUGCCUGCCCCGCUUCCUCCCUCUUGUUCUGCCAGACACCAGCUUUUGUUUUUUCCUCCUGCAUUGGGUGAGGGUCUUGGUGUGUCCAGAGCCUUCUUUUGUCCUGUGGCUAUGCUUUGGUGCUGAGCCCAGAGCUAAACAGGUGGACAGCAGGUAUCCUGGAAGGGCUGGAGCUUGGCUGUUUCUCAAGUGCUUCUGGUCACUGGAUCAUUACUGUUUGGGAAUUUUUGCUUGAAGAUACAACUUAAGCAGGCUCCUCUCCAGCCCUGGUCUGUCUUACUGGGGCUGUUCCACCAAAGCACAGAAUGUCAGUGCUAGCCUCAAGUACGUUGCAAGGCAGAUCUAUUUCUCAGGUGUGGCGGGGAUGCCAUGCUUUUCUUCUUUGUAGCUGCUAUACCUGUGUUGAUUGGGAAGACGCUGGAAGGGCAGUUGAGAGGUGAGCCUAAUGUUAAGAGUCUUGGCUCUGUCCCACGAUGACUGGAUUAUUCGACAGGUUGCUUACCUCUAAACGUCAGUGUCUCCAUCUGAAAAAUGGGGGCAUUAUAGUAGCUACCUCUCAGGUUUGCUGUAGAGAUUACAGGCAGUUACUGUACAGCAGUGCCUGCUGUGGUAAGUGGUAAAUCAAUGCUAGAUGAUAAAAAUGACAACAGUGGUAAGAUGUUGAUUCUAACCAUCAUAUCACCCCUGGAAGUUUCAUCUGGCUUGAAGAAUCCCUAACAGUUUUCAGGGCACCCUGCACCAGUUUCUCUUGUGCCUUAGCGGUCGCCCUGGAUGACGUUGGAGAGCACUGUUCUUGCUGGUCAUGCGCCCCCCUGACCACACGUCGCUCACCCUGUGUGGUCCUCCUGAAGAGGCCGGCCAGGAGACAGAGAUCGACUGAACAGGUGGAUUCACAUUAACUUUCCUUCUAGGCAGCAUGAAGAAGCCUCAGUCGAGGAUGAGAAGGGGUGAGGAUGUGCCAUCUACACUGGAAAGGUGUGCUCCCUCCCGCCCGGGCACCGGCACCCUUUGUCUGCCUUCCCACUUCCUUCCCAGCUGCUGCUGCACUACGGGAUAUCUCUGGGUAGACUGGCAUGUUUGGCCACUUCUUCACGAGAGGGCUGUGUGUGCCUGUGUGUGCACCUAAGGGACCCUGUGUGGCCUUCUUAGCUCUGCUGUCAGGGGCUAUGGAAAGUCAAGAGGUUGACCCUGACCUGAACUUUGAGGGAGCCUUUUGAAACUUUAUGGACUAAAGGACUAGAGGAUGAUGACAUCGCCUGGGAAGAUGGAGGUCACUGCAUUGCCAGUGCAUGCAGGAAACCCCAGAGACCAGAGGCUUGUCUGCAAUUAGUGUGUAAGUCUCCUCUUCCCGCCUCGCUGCCAAGAUAUUUGAUGUUGGGGAGAAGAGGCUGCAGGCUUCGUAUCCCUCUUAACACUUUUUUUUUUAACCUCAGACUGCUUGCUGACCUUUGGGGUCUUCUUUUGCCCUCACAGCCUUGUCUGUCCUACCUCUUUUAAUCAGGACUUUCCAAAAACUGUUUGCGAUGGAGAUAGGGGAGGGAGUUGGGGGCUCCAGGAGAAGAAGAGCAAGGCACGCCCGUCCGCCGUGGCCCCAGAGCAUCCUUGCUUCUCUGAUCAUGUGCUAAUGCCAACGCUGGUGGGAAGACAGAGUGACCUGUCUCUUUCUCUUUCCCCUUCAUUCCUCAGGCUCCAAGUUGGGUUACUUUGAGAAGAAAUGGCAUUGAGAACGUGUCUUCUAGGUUUUCCUCUUUUAUGACUCUUGAAAGAUUCUCUCCAAUAUGCACUGAGUGUCACAGACUGCCCCUCCUCUCAGCCCUCUUGGCUCCCUUGUGUACCUGGGCUGCUGCACAGGUGUGGCCAGACUGUGGACCGUGUCCUAACCGUGCAGUUGAUCCACCAGGCAAGUGACAAUCGGGAUGCAGGAAGAGAGGCCAGUACACGUGUUCUUCUGUUCCAACAGCCUCGUUUCUCUGUCGAAUCCUAAAAUACAGAGGUUCACCACAUUCUUGUUACAGACAACAAGGGCUCUGGGAGGCUACCAGAUUUGGUUGUUCUGCCGUCAUCUCCUGCCACCUUCUCCUGUUCUCUUACAUGGCCGAGGAGAGCUGAGCCUAGUCUGCAGGGUCGAGGGGACACUGCCCUGAAAAUGCUGGUGUAUGACAGGUAUUCGUUGCUGUUAGCUGCUGCUGUUCUGUGGGAAUCUUGCAGCUGCAGGAGAAGAAGCUGGCGAGGCUGGGUUUUGUGCAGCCUGUCUCACUGGAGGUCGGGUUUCUCACUUAGCACCCCCUUUUCUGGAGAUGGAGGAUGGUUCACGGGGAUGGGAGCUGCUUGCCCCCUGCCCUAAUGUGCCCUUUUACUUUCCAUUCAAAGGUCUUGAUUGUGGUGAUUUCUAGGAACUCCAGACGUUGAGCCUGCUUCUGGCGCUGACACUAAACGCACCCCAGCCUGAGUUACACGGGAAGGGCUUCCUGUUAAAGUCUCUCUCCCUUUGCUAGGGUCUCCUGACUGCUCUGCAGGGUGGUCUCCAUCCGAGGUGGGCCACGCUCCUGGAGCUUUCUGCUGGGUUUUCUUCUUUCCAGGAGCAAUAGAAAGGCAGGUGUCAUGGAGCCAUCGUGGGCACCUUGGGCUGUGUAGGACUGAACUCUGUCCUGCUACGGGUCAGCUACUUGGCUUUCUUCCAGCCCCUCUUCCAAGGCCUCACACAUCCGGGAGCUGACCUGUGGCUCUCUGGUUGUCCUUUCCAGAACACUUGCAACUGCACCCGGGAAUGCUGCUGCACCUGAGAGGCUGGAGGCUCUGAAAUACCAACGGAUAAAGAAGCCCAAAAAGUCAUCCAAG